UGUAUGAGCUUAGAUUCCUUUGCCUUUCCAUUUUGAUAUACGAAAUCAAAAAAAGUCUGUGGUUGAUGAGUGACACAUUUUUCUUGACUCGGCCGUCCGUAUCUAUCUUCUUUAACUGGAUUGAAAAUUAUAAUUUAUUAUAAUGGUGGAUCGUUUAGUGAAUAGUGAGGCUAAUUCCAGAAGGAUUGCCAUGGUGGAGAACUGCUUUGGCAGUUCCGGGCAGCCUCUAGCAGAACAAGGCAGGGUACUUGUUGGAGAAGGUGUCCUCACAAAAAUGUGCCGUAAGAAGCCCAAGGCUCGCCAGUUCUUCCUCUUCAAUGAUAUAUUGGUGUACGGCAACAUUGUCAUAAAUAAGAAGAAAUACAACAAACAACACGUCAUUCCAUUAGAAGAAGUGAAACUGGAAUCACUUAAGGAUGAAGGACAAUGCCGCAACGGUUGGCUGAUCCGCACUGCCUCCAAAUCAUUCGCAGUGUACGCGGCCACGGCCACAGAGAAGGAGGAAUGGAUGGCACACAUAGACAAGUGUAUAGAGGACUUGCUCAGGAAGAGUGGCAAGCAACCGCCUCAGGAGCACGCGGCGGUGUGGGUUCCGGACAAUGAAGCCUCCAUCUGCAUGCACUGCAAGAAGACACAGUUCACCGUACUCAACAGGAGGCAUCACUGCCGCAAGUGCGGCUCAGUGGUAUGCGGCCCGUGUUCGUCGAAGAAGUUCCUGCUGCGCGGUCAGAGCGACAAGCCGCUGCGCGUGUGCCUGCAGUGCUACGACGAGCUCACGCGCGAGCGCGCGCGGCCGCCGCUGCAGCCGCUGCAGCCGCCCACACUCGCCACACCGAAAUCUGUGGUGGCUGACUCGGCCGGGUCCGGGGGCGACUCGUCCGCGGACGACGAUGACAGCGAUGACGAUGAUGAGCGCGUCAAGCCUGAGGAAACACAUGAUGAGGGAUUUACAAGUUAUAACGGUGUCAAAAACGGAUUUGGGAAAAAAGUGACAACUGUAUAGUACAAAUUGACAUUGUCCAAAGUUCUACGGUGACGGCGAUAAGACUGAAGAAACCAACAAUGAUUCGUCCAAGGACAGCGCCAACUGAGACCAAACUCCACAUACAGGUCUAAUAUAAGGAUAUUUUGUACAGGGUCCAAAUUUAUUAAUCGAAAACUUGAAGCACCGUUUUAUUCCUACUUAAAUUUAAUAGAUAAAUAGAUUUUAUACUGACACGAGAUAUUUUACAUGUCAUUGUGAUAUCUUUAAGAAGUCCCUUGCAGAUUUGUAUUCUACGAGUAUGUUUGAUAUUUACUGUAAUAACACGAUGUAUUUUUCGGAAAAUUAAUAAAACUAUUCAUAUAGGUACAAACUACAAACUACAUAGUUCGUUAUCAUUGUAUCAGAUGUAAACUGUCUUGAAAAUGUAAUGGAGUUGUUUGCAAUUGCCUUUUUCAAUUCACACAGGAUUAUCUGCUAAUAAAUAAUUUAUUUGUCAAUCCAUUGAAACUAUUAUGCAUGACACUGAUAAAAAAAAAACUCAUAAAUCAUAAUUAUUUCAUACAGAUAGGCAUAGGAAAAGAUUUCGAUUAAUAAAUUGAGAUCAUUCUUUACAUUCAUGUUUCACGCGAAACGUGCGGAACAUUUUCCAAUUUACUUUUUUAUUAGGUUUAAAUUGAUUACAAAGACGGUCUCGAUGUACGACACUUCACCAUAAGGGCCUUCAAAUUUUUUAUAAAUAUUGUAGAAUGCUAGUAAAUUUUCCAUGGGAAUUUUUUUGAUGGUUCUAAAUUAUCUCUCUCCCUAAAUUUCACCAGUUAUAAAAUUGUUUAGGAAAAACAUUAAAAGAUAUUUUUCAUAAAAGCAUUGAUGUUCGUUGAAAUAAUUUUGCUACGCAGCUUUAAAAUGCUCAAACACAAAAGGGCACUUUUGUUUAAUUUAAAUUGUAUUUAUUUUAAACUAUAGCUAGACGACUUAUCAUGGUUCUAACGUUUUUUAACAUUAUUUGUUAGGUUUAGUUUUAAUGUUAUUACGACAUACAAUAUUUAAUAUUUACAUGAGUUAGCAUAUUUUAUUACAAACUUUAUUAUAGUUUAUAUUUUGCUAUUUCAAUUGUUGGAAGUUGCCGUUCCGCUUCACUUUGAGGUGACAUGUUUCUGUGGAGUGUUUUAUCAAUUUUAUUUACAAAAGAGUAAAAAAUUUUGUGUUUGAGGUGCCAGUGUUUGAAGUUUACGUACCGAUUUAUAUGAAAUAUUAUAUCUCAAAGUGAACACGGCUGUCCUAUAUCUUGUAAACUAAUCUUUAAUGUUAUAUGUAUAUUAGAAAAUUAGUAAUAAGAGGUGCAAUGUGUAACAUGUAUUUGUAUUAUUCAAAACGUGAUUAAGUUUAGGUAUUUAAUUACGGUCAGUUCACAGGAACACGUCUCGGAAAGUGUCAACUUUUAUUUAUUAAUUGAUGGAGUAACAUGGGCCUAAGGGCGAACGCUGGGUGAAGCAGGAUACACGGCAGAUUAUAUCCAUCUCAGUCACAAAUCUUACGUAUGAAAGAGAUGAAACGUAUCAGUCGCGGGUCGCCUUUUUCACACGCAAGACUUGAAAGAGAUAAAUCCCCCGUGUGAACUCUUUCGCCGCAGUGCGUGCCCCAAAAGUUAACAAAUUUACACAAAUACUAUUUCUGUUUAUUACCAAAAUAUUGAUAAGUAAAAUAUCUUAGGCAUAUUUAAUUUUCAGUUGACAAAUACACAAUAUUUUUUAAA